UCGGUUUGACACCGAGGCUACAUACCGAGCUUGAGGUCCAGUUCCGAACGGACAUUAGGUCAGGGAGCUUGUAGACGCAGCGAUCGCACCAAGAGGCCUCUCUUGCACGACGGAGUGUAGUCGCAUGCUCGAGCGUCCGCCAUGUCGAAGCGCGGUAGAGGAGGUUCCUCCGGGAACAAGUUUCGCAUGUCACUCGGUCUGCCUGUGGGCGCUGUGGUGAACUGUGCGGAUAACACUGGAGCUAAGAAUCUGUAUGUCAUCUCCGUCAAGGGGGUGAAAGGGCGCCUUAAUAGGUUGCCAGCUGCUGCCGUGGGCGACAUGGUUAUGGCCACUGUCAAGAAGGGAAAACCGGACUUGCGGAAGAAGGUCAUGCCUGCUGUAAUUGUGCGCCAGCGCAAGCCCUGGAGGCGUAAAGAUGGUGUCUUCAUGUACUUCGAAGAUAAUGCAGGUGUUAUUGUUAAUCCUAAGGGAGAAAUGAAAGGUUCUGCUAUCACUGGUCCCAUUGGAAAAGAGUGUGCCGACUUGUGGCCUAGGAUUGCCAGUGCUGCUAAUGCUAUUGUAUGAGUGCAAUAGUUGCGCAUUCAAUUUCUGUUUGUUGAUUAGCGAUGACGUUGUGUUCAGACUCUCGCUGCAGCUGACAUUGGGUUGCCUUUCUACACUAGGAUCGUCUCGAGGUUGGGUGUGAUUUUCGUUGUUUCUGUUUCUAUGCCUGAUUCUUGCCAUGUACAAAACGACAUCAUAACACCAUUUGUUCCAUUCCCGAGAACAGCCUUAAGUUUUAACAAGAA